UUUAGUUAAGAGGAUAGUGACCCACCAACCACUCAUGGCAGUAAUGAUAUGCUGGGAGUCCCAAAAUGCAAGUAAGGCUAUGCUGCUAUGCUUUCUUUUCUAUUUCAAAACUGUGGUUGGCAUACCUGUCACGAAUUUAUAGCACUCUGUCUUCAUGGUUGUAGCAUGAUUCCUGUUUGUGAUCUCUGAACCACACAGCUUAUACCGUGACAUUGUCCUCUGCAAACAGUUAAUGUUUCUGUUGUGGUCUUGAAUUCAGUUUAAUGGUGCUUGUAGCCAUUUAAUGUUCUGGCUUGCUUGACAUGUAGCAGUCAAUGAGGUGCCACAGGCUGGAGAGGCUAGUGGAUGAUAUAUAGCUUAAAGUUGUGUUACUUUGCUCAGCAUUGAAGUUAGUCAUGGAGACUAAGAACAAAGAAAUGGUAUCAAAGAUGGAUGAUUAUGGAGUUAUAGAGCAAAUUGGAAGAGGAAUUUUUGGAGCUGCAUUUCUUGUUCUUCAUAAAUUUGAGAAUAAAAGGUAUGUAUUGAAGAAGAUUCGUUUGGCUAAACAAACAGAAAAAUUCAAGCAAACAGCAUAUCAAGAGAUGAAUUUGAUAUCGAAGCUGAAUAAUCCCUAUAUUGUGGAGUACAAAGAUUCAUGGGUGGAAAAGGAAUCCUAUGUAUGCAUCGUGACAAGUUACUGUGCGGGAGGAGACAUGGCUCAGAUGAUAAAGAAAGCUAGAGGGACGUAUCUUCCUGAAGAGAAACUCUGCAAAUGGCUGACACAGUUGUUGCUUGCUGUGGACUACCUCCACUCCAAUCGUGUCCUUCACAGAGAUUUAAAAUGCUCUAACAUAUUCCUUACGAAAGAUGGCAACAUCCAGCUAGGUGACUUUGGACUUGCAAAAUUGUUGAACAAGGAGGAUCUUGCAUCCACGAUUGUAGGCACUCCCAACUAUAUGUGUCCUGAACUUCUUGCAGACAUACCUUAUGGCUACAAAUCGGACAUUUGGUCUCUAGGUUGCUGUAUGUUUGAGAUAGCUGCACAUCAACCUGCAUUUAGAGCUCAUGAUAUGGCUGGACUGAUUAAUAAGAUAAAUCGUUCUUCCAUCUCUCCACUCCCAGCUGCUUAUUCCUCCACAUUAAAACAGUUAAUCAAAACCAUGCUGAGAAAGAGCCCAGAACAUAGACCAACAGCUGCAGAGUUGUUGAGGCACCCCCAUCUGCAGCCGUAUCUUGCUAAAUGCCAAAAUCUAUCUCUCGUGUUCCUCCCUGUAAAGUCCGAAUACAGCUUCCCGGAUAAACCAAAAGGAACCCGGUUACCUAACAAGUCUAGUGUUCACAAGAAUAACAUAGGUUUGAAAGCAAGUCCAUCAAAGGGGUGCAGAUGUUUUAAGCAGGAUGCUUUUGAACAAAAAGUAGCAGCCAGUGAUUUCUACAACAGUGCAGAACAAACCGAAAGUGCCAACUCUGAAACCUCUUCAGCAAGUAUUGCAAGGACUCACCCUGAAGACGAGAAGACAGAAAUUGCUUCUAAGAAGUCACAAAUAGUCCAAGAGAAGCUCUGUGGAGCUGGACAAGCUAGCAUGGAAUUCAAAGAUGCUAGUCCUGGGAUUUGCAAAAGAAUGGAAAAGCUGUCUGAAGAUUCAACAGGCUAUGUUGGCCUUUCUGGUUACAAAAAGGCAUCGGCAUCCGCGAUGGGUGACAAAACUGGACAUGAUAUGGAAUUGGAAGCCAAAUUCUGCAAACUCCCAGCAGUAACAGAAAUGAAAUCAACACCAUCAAAACCGCCCUGCGGAAAUGAUGUUGGACAAAAGGAAAUGAACAGAACCCCUAGUGACAUCUCAUUGAUCAGUUCACUGACUUCCCUACAUGGUGAUGAAAUAAAGAUUGAAUGGAAUCCUCAGAGCCUGCAAAGGGCAGAUGCUCUGGAAUCACUGCUAGAGAUUUGUGCAAAUUUGCUAAGACAGGAAAGGUAUGAGGAGCUAUCAGGAGUACUAGGACCCUUCAGCGAAGAAGCUGUGUCAUCAAGAGAAACAGCAAUUUGGUUGACAAAGAGCCUCAUGAAACUCGACAAAAAUGGCAAUGGAGCAGCUUAGCAGCACGAGAUUCUGAAGACUCAAUUGGCUAAUUUAACUUGAUCUGACACGGAGAGUGUAUACAGUAGAUUGUCAAUUGUCAAAUUUCUGUCUUUUUUGUGGAUGCUGACAAUGCUCAUUAAGGAGUUCUUCAAAAAUGGGAAUGGAGCAGCUUAGCAACAUUUUGCUUGUUUCUUAUAA